AGAAGCAAGCUCAUAUAUCAUAGUUAUAGUCUGAUAGAUAUGGAUAUGGCUUUUACGCACAUUUGUUUAUGGACAUUACUCGUCUUCCCUAUAACGUGGACUGUGUUCUACUUUACAAACAAGAAAAAGAAGCCGACCGUGGAGAUGGCGGAUGCGACAGCAGAGAAGAGAAGAGACGGUGCUGCCGAUGUCAUCAUCGUUGGAGCUGGUGUCGGCGGCUCGGCUCUCGCAUAUGCUCUUGCUAAGGACGGGCGUCGAGUACAUGUGAUAGAGAGGGACAUGAGAGAACCAGAGAGAAUGAUGGGUGAGUUUAUGCAACCUGGAGGACGACUCAUGCUUUCUAAGCUUGGCCUUCAAGAUUGCCUAGAUGGUAUAGAUGCCCAAAAAGCAACGGGCAUGGCAGUUUAUAAGGAUGGAAAAAACGCAAUCGCAUCUUUUCCGGUGGACAACAACUUUCCUUAUGAUCCUUCUGCUCGGUUUUUUCACAAUGGCCGAUUUGUCCAACGACUGCGGCAAAAGGCUUCUUCUCUUCCUAAUGUGCGGCUCGAAGAAGGAACGGUGAAGUCAUUAAUAGAAGAAGAAGGAGUUAUCAAAGGAGUGACAUAUAAGAAUAAAGCAGGCGAAGAAACAACAGCCUUGGCACCUCUCACUGUCGUAUGCGACGGUUGUUAUUCAAACCUUCGCCGGUCUCUUAACGACAACAGUGCGGCUGUUCUGUCUUACCAAGUUGGUUACAUCACAAAAAAUUGCCGGCUUGAAGAUCCAGAAAACCUUCACUUGAUAAUGACUAAACCCUCCUACAUCAUAUUGUAUCAAAUAAGCAGCACCGAUGUUCGUUGUGGUUUCGAGCUUUUCCCCGACAAUUUUCCUUCUAUUGCAAAAGGUGAAAUGGCUACUUUUGUAAAGAACAACCUUGCUCCUGAGGUACCUCCAAAACUUCGCGAAAUAUUUUUGAAAGGUUUAGAUGAGGGAGCACACAUAAAAGUUGUGCCAGCGAAGUGCAUGUCAGCUACUUUAAGCAAGAAAAAAGGGGUGAUUGUGUUGGGAGAUGCAUUCAACAUGCGUCAUCCAUCAGUCGCGGCUGGAAUGAUGGUUUUAUUUUCUGAUAUUCUCAUUCUACGUCGUCUUCUCCAGCCACUAAGCAACCUUGGUGAUGCUAACAAAGUCUCCGAAGUCAUUAAGUCCUUUUAUAGUAUCCGCAAGCCAAUGUCAGCGACAGUGAACAUAUUAGGAAACGCAUUUUCUCAAGCACUAGUUGCAUCGACGGACGAAGCAAAAGAGGCAAUGAGACAAGGUUGCUAUGAUUACCUCACUAGUGGCGGGUUUCGCACGUCAGGUCUGAUGGCUCUACUCGGCGGCAUGAAUCCUCGUCCACUAUCUCUCAUCUAUCAUCUUUGUGCUAUCACUCUACAUUCCAUUGGCCAUCUUCUUUCUCCAUUUCCUUAUCCCCUUCGCAUUUGGCAUAGCCUCAGGCUUUUUGGUUUGUCUAUGAAAAUGUUGGUUCCUCAUCUCAAGGCUGAGGGAGUUAGCCCAAUAUUAUUUCCAGCAAGCGCAGCAGCAUAUCGCAAAAGCUAUAUGGCAACCACCGCUCUUUAAACACCGAUCCUCUAAGCAGCUAAUAAAUAUACCAUAUAUGGAGCACAAAUCUUUUUAAAAUUUUACUAAUUUGUUGAAAUUAUAUAGCAUAUAUUGCUUGUAUCUAAAAAUAUUGUCUCCAUGAAGGCAUGAAGUCUUACUGUAGCUGUCUCAAUAAUUGAUGAACUGAUGUGGUGAGGUUUAUGUUGUCAUAUUCAUAUAAAGCAGCCAAAAAGAGUUAAGUCUA